AUGGCUUGCGCCGAGAGCUCGCCGGACCUGAGCCCAGAAGUGAGCCCGGCCGACCGAGUUGAUGCACUUUAUCAGUUCACGCCAACAAAGCUGGGAAAGAGCAGCGAGCACGAGCAUUUCACGCAGGAUUCCACGUUUGGGGCUUCAACUGCUGCAGCUGCCCGUUGCCGGAGCAGCAACAAAGCAUGGCGGAAGCGCUUGGUGAAGAGCUUGCAGAGACCGUGGAGGAGGCAACAACUGCAGCCUUCUUGGGAGACAGUUCGGACAGUCGAGUUGCAAGAGGAGGAGCGGAACCUCAUCGCCCAGCAGCAGGCCCAUGGCUGUUGCUUGAGCUGGUGCUGGGCCAUUCAGAACUGGCUUCUUGCUGCGAGUGUCGGGGUCGUGUGCUUUGCCACGUACGGUGUCAUUGAGAUCUCUGUUGGGGCCCUCUCCUCUUUUCGAUUUGGAUUUUGCCAAGCGGAGCCUUUGAGGAGCGAAGAGCACUGUCCAAAGGGGCAGUGGAUAUCCUGGGGUGCCAACAUCAUCGGUUUCAGCGCUUCAGUGUGCUUAGGCACCUGGAUGGCAACAGCAUCCGCGUUCAUUGUGUCCCGUUUUGCUCCUACGGCUAGCGGAUCGGGCAUUCCAGAGGUCAAGACAAUUCUCAAUGGUUUCGUCCUGCCAGACGUAGCUACGUUCCGCACUCUUCUCAUCAAGGUUCCCUGCUUGAUCUUGGCAGUUGCAUCUGGCCUUUCCCUCGGACAUGAGGGUCCAAUGGUGCACGUAGCCGUGUGUUGGGCCAACAUCCUGUCGCGACUUUUUCCACAAUUUCGGAAUGAGGGCAAGAGGCAACAGCUUUUUUCUGCAGCUGUGGCUGCAGGGGUCAGCUCUGCUUUUGGAACUCCCGUGGGCGGGGUGCUUUUCAGCCUCGAGGAGGUUAGCUCGAAUUUUCCAUCAAGGACCUUGCUCAUGGCAUUCGUGUCAUCAGUUGUGGCAACGCUGCUCCUUUCCGUGUCUGACUUGACGGGAACGGGGCAUCUGACGCUGUACAGUGUGCGCUACACGGUGACGUGCCAUCCGAGCGAUUACGUGAUGUUUGCCGUGCUCGGGGUAGCCGGCGGUCUUGUUGGUGCCCUCUUCAACGCGUUGAAUAUUCGGUGGUGUGCUUUCAAGGCGAAGCCUGCAUUCAAGCGCUGGAUCGGACCUGUGCAGGAGGCCUCGAUACUGGCAUUCGUGACACUCGUUUCAUCAUGGCCGCUGAGCCUGACACGCUAUCUGAUGGCGCCAACAAUUCACGCACUGUUCGAUACGUGCAGCGACGAGCCCGGGGAAACCGUGCGCAGCAGGUUGCAAGCCGAAUUUGGGCUUUGCACAGAAGACGGUUACAGCAACUCCUUCGGCGACGGCCUUUUGACUUCGCUUGGCUUUGCAGCUGCCCUCCGUUUCUGCCAGAUGGUGCUGACAAUCGGCUCGGCCUGCCCAGCUGGCCUCUUUGUCCCGUCGCUGUUCAUUGGAGCCUGUUUAGGGCGAUGUCUGGCGCUGGGUCUCAAGGCGCUGCACGCAGGUACUCGCCUGUUCCCGAACAAGGUGGAUCCGGGCGUCUACAGUAUGGUGGGCGCCGCCUCCGUCCUUGGAGGUGUCAGCCGAAUGACGAUUUCUUUGGUCGUCAUCAUGUUGGAGCUGACUGGAGGCUUAGAUUACGUCGUUCCGUUCAUGAUCUCAGUGUUGCUGGCCAAAGCUGUUGGUGACUCGUUGAACGAAGGCAUCUACGACCUGCAGAUCGUUCUGAAGGGAUAUCCCUUCCUACAUGAAGAGCUCGACGUGACCUUUACGGAGCGCUGCUGCGACGUCAUGGAGACAGGUUUGGUGAAGCUGGAUGUGAAGCUUCGUACUCGCUUCCUGGACAUUGGCGUCAUGGUCCGGGCAUUCACAUUCCGUGGAUUUCCAGUUGUGGAUGGUGACCGCUUCGUCGGCUAUGUCCGCCGAUCUGCGUUGGAAGAUUGGCUAUCCCGAAUGGAGCUAGUCCGCGGCCAGAACGAGGUGGUUACGAUGGAGGACCUGGUUUCGAUCAUCGACUCCACUGUCAUGCGCAUGGUUCCAGAUGCCCCGCUGACACAAGCGCACCAAGUCUUCAAACAGCUCGGCUGCCAGCGGAUCUUCAUCGUCGGCUCUGUUCCUGGGGGUCAGCAGGAUCUGCUGCGAGGCAUCCUUACCAAGAAGAGCUUUCUCAAGUUUCUUCAGGAUGGAACCGUCGGGGCCUUUUGCUGCAGAACUUCAGGCAGAGCUGCUUUUUGCGCUGAAGCAUGA